AACUAAUCCUAGACCUGAAUCCAAGCCCCCACAACUAAUGCCCCACAAGCUCACUACAGGGAGGUGCUUCAAUCACCUAGACUCAUCUUGUGUAAGUCACCAAGAAUUCCCUACUCUUCUAAAUUACAAAGGUUCAGUGUGGGUUUUUGCCCCCAUGAAGGUUAAAUUUGUCACCAAGAGUCUAUCUCUCAAAGAUUCUAGAAGAAGGCUACCAAGCGAAUAUCCAUCCCUCCUCAGAGAUCACUAAAGAGACACUGACCUCCAACAAACAAAAGGAAAGAGAGGAUCACCUGUGCAAUGUUAUCAGGGUUUACCCCCAGGCAAGUUCUCCACCAACAUGCACUUAUCUCACCAAGGCGGAUAUGUGUCUGAUCAGCUAUAACGUCAAUGCCUGUCAAGUCUGCGAACCCCCUGACUGUCGGAGUCUCAGGAAGUGUCAAGGGUCUCCCCACAAAUGAUAUGCCUAUCAAGGCACAGAAGCACAGGGCGUGAUGGUGAACAGAGGGGAAUGCGUGUCUCCUUUCUUUGAAAUUUUAGAUGGCUACAGUUGGAGAUAUAGGAGUUGCAGCAGCUAUUAAUAUUAUCAGUGCAUUUGCUUUCUUCUUGGCAUUUGCUAUAUUAAGAAUCCAACCUAUCAAUGAUAGGGUGUACUUUCCGAAAUGGUAUCUCGUUGGUUCGAGGAUCAGUCCUUCAGACUCUGGGGAAUUUGUAAGAAAAUUUAUCAAUUUGGACUUGGUAUCAUACUUGAGGUUUCUAAAUUGGAUGCCAGCUGCGCUGCAAAUGCCAGAACUUGAGCUCAUCGACCAUGCUGGACUGGAUUCUGCUGUUUACCUUAGGAUUUACUUGCUUGGGCUUAAAAUUUUUGUUCCUAUUACAUUUCUUGCUUUCGCAAUCCUGGUUCCAAUUAAUUGGACCAAUGGCACGCUUGCUAAUUCAAAUGUAGCCUUCAGUGACAUAGACAAGCUCUCUAUUUCAAAUAUUCCAAUAGGAUCAGAAAGGUUUUGGGGCCAUUUAGUAAUGGCUUAUGCCUUUACCUUCUGGACAUGCUAUAUGCUACAAAAGGAGUAUGCAAAAGUUGAAUCAAUGCGAUUGCUCUUUCUUGCAUCAGAGGAUCGCGCUCCAAACCAGUUUACAGUCCUUGUAAGAAAUGUGCCUCCAGACCCUGAUGAAUCAGUUAGUGAGUUUGUGGAGCAUUUUUUUCUUGUAAACCAUCCAGACCAUUAUCUCACCCAUCAGGUUGUGUACGAUGCAAGAAAACUUUCCAAAUUGGUUGAAGAGAAAAAGAACAUGCAGAACUGGUUAGAUUACUUUGAACUCAAGUAUUCUAGAAAUAAAUCUGCGAAGCCAUCCAUGAAGACUGGAUUUCUUGGUCUUUGGGGAGAAAAAGUGGAUGCAAUCGAUUUUUACACUUCCAAGAUUUAUCAACUAUCAAAAGACAUAGAGGCAGAGCAAGAAAAGAUUAGAAACGAUCCAAAUUCAAUUAUGCCUGCAGCAUUUGUUUCCUUCAAAACUCGCUGGGGUGCUGCUGUCUGUGCUCAAACUCAACAAUCCAGAAACCCGACUGCAUGGUUGACUGAAUGGGCUCCAGAACCCCAUGAUGUUUAUUGGAACCAUUUGGCCAUCCCAUUUGUUUCGCUCACAGUUAGAAGGCUGAUUAUAGCUAUUGCAUUCUUCUUCCUUACAUUCUUUUUUAUGAUCCCAAUACUCUUUGUUCAGUCCCUUGCAAAUAUUCAAAGCAUUGAGCAAGCAGCUCCAUUUUUGGCACCCAUACUAGAAGACAAGAGAUUCAGUUUCAUCAAUUCAUUCAUCCAAGGUUUUCUACCUGGGAUUGCUUUAAAGAUUUUCCUCAUUCUUCUGCCAACAAUAUUGAUGAUGAUGUCAAAAUUUGAAGGUUUUACAUCCCAGUCAGCUUUGGAGAGGAGAUCGGCAUCUUUAUAUUAUAUUUUCAUAUUUAUUAAUAUAUUUCUUGGGAACAUAAUUACAGGAACGGCAUUUCAACAACUAAAUACUUUUAUCCACGAGUCAGCGAAUGAAAUUUCUACAACAAUUGGUGUAUCAAUUCCAAUGAAAGCAACUUUCUUCAUUACCUACAUUAUGGUUGAUGGUUGGGCUGGAAUUGCUGGAGAAAUUCUGAGGUUAAAACCAUGGAUAAUCUUCCAAUUGAAGAAUCUCUUCUUUGUGAAGACUGAAAAGGAUCUAGAAGAGGCAAUGGAUCCAGGAAGUCUUGGGUUUAAUACAGCCGAACCUCAAAUACAGUUGUACUUCUUACUUGGCCUUGUAUAUGCUGUGGUCACACCCAUUCUUCUUCCUUUCAUAUUAGUAUUUUUUGGCAUGGCAUUUAUUGUCUUCCGCCAUCAGAUCAUUAACGUCUACGAUCAAAAAUAUGAGAGCGCUGGAGCAUUCUGGCCUGAUGUCCACGGGCGUAUUAUUGCUGCAUUGAUUGUCUCACAGCUGCUUCUGAUGGGAUUGUUGAGUACGAAGCGAGCGGCUCAGUCUACACCCUUUCUCAUUGUACUUCCUGUUAUAACAAUAUGGUUCCAUAUAUACUGCAAAGGCCGUUAUGAACCUGCAUUUACUGCCUACCCGUUACAGGAGGCAAUGAUGAAAGAUACAGUGGAACGUGCAACGGAACCAAAUUUGGAUUUGAAAGAGUACCUCCGAAAUGCGUAUAUUCAUCCACUUUUCAAGGGCGAAGAUGACAAGAUUAAUGCAGAUACCAGAGAUGGGGAAGAGGAGAGUUUGCUGGUCCCCACAAAAUGCCAGUCUCGAAGGAACACACCCAUACCAAGCAAACGCAGUGAUUCAUCGUCACGCUUCCUACUUGAGGUUGUUCAAGAGCAGCCUUAACAAUUACAUUUGUUCUAUACUUCACUGUACAUUUGUUAAGUUGCAAUAGUUGGUGGGGAAUGGGGAUUGUAAAUCAUAUACACGAGGAGAGGGGAUCAUUGUUUAUAUUGUAUAGAAAAGAGUGGGCAGGUGCACCUGGUUUUUUUGUUCUAACAGCUUGACCAACCCUGUACACAAUUAAUUGUCAAUCAAUGGUUCUCCAUUUUACAAA